AUUAUUGAUAAUCACCUCCUUUCCCUACCCUCCUCUCCUCUUUCCCUCUUUCCCUAUCAUCUUCGUCGUCUUGUGUUUGUUCGUUCCAAAAUCCCCUACACCAAUCUAAUUAAUCCCAUCCAAGGCCUGCUCCCAGGUUCAAAGCUUGGUACUGCAUCGGCAGGCUUAAGCCACUUCCGCCCCUUCCGUUCCAGCCGAUUGCUUGAACGCUCCCAAGGUGUACGUACUGUACUAAUUCCAGUACUGUACUACUCAUCACAUCAUUAAAACGGCCUCAAGUCAUUAUUCCUCGUAGAAAACGGGAAAACGAACGGACAACAGUCUCGUACAAGGCUUCUUACGGCGCAUCGAUCGCGGCGCAAGGAUUUGAUACAUACCUGACCAUGUGGAUCAUCUCAUUUUGGGUCUUUCCAGUCAUUUCAGCAUGCACCUGGGUUGCCAUGCUAAUUGCCAUGUUGGCAACCUGGGCUCGAGAAGGUAGCCCUAUAUACGCCAGUAUGGAAACCGGCCAAACAAUCGCAUAUAUCUCCGACAUUGGUGCUCAGGGCCUCAAGCCCCUUUUCAUUGCAGGGAGCUGCGUGACUGUCGCCUUUCUCGACCUCUCCUUUCUCUCCGAACGAUGGCUUCGUCACGCAGGGCAGCUGGUACCCAACAAGGGUCUGUUUGAUAAAAGCUGUGCGAUCGCCUCCAUCUGCUUCUCGAUCGCCGGUGCACUGGGUUUGAUUCUGCUAUCAAUCUUCGAUACGUUGCGGCAUCCGCAUAUGCAUGACGGGUUUCUGGUGAUGUUCUUGGUGGGCUACCUCAUCAGCGCAAUCCUCAUCUGCUGCGAAUACUGGCGGCUAGGGAUUUUCUACCGCUCCCAGCAUCGUGUCCUCCUGGCCAGUUUCAUCAUCAAGCUCUCCUUCGUCAUUAUCGAGAUUGCGCUGGCCAUUGCGUUCGGCGUCUUGGGAAAUAAGGGCGGACAUUAUCGCAAUGCCGCUGCGGUCUUAGAAUGGGUGAUCGCUUUGAUUUUUACGUUCUAUGUCCUGUCCUUUGUGGUUGACUUGUUGCCCUCGGUUCGCACCCGAAAACACGUGCCGCAGGGCGAGAAGCGCAUCGAGAUGGGCCGGAACGGACACGCCCAUGUCAGCAACAGCAGCGACGAAGGGACUGAAGAAGUACCCGUCACCACCGACUCGGCCGGACCCAAUGCCAACUACUAUCGCGGUCAACGGAUUUAUUAGAUAAUCGUUCAAUUUCUU